UGUACUUCCACAAAUAGCCAGUCAUUGCCAUGCUCAACCCUGGUGUUCAUUUCAAGUAAAUGAUUACUUUUUAGGCAAUCCAUGUCAACAACAAAAUAAUCUAAAAUAUUUGAGUGUUAUUUUUGCCUGUGUUGACGAAGAAGUAUUUAGCGAAGGGGCAUUAAGUGGAAGACUUGAAGCUAUGGGGCAAUUGAAAAAGGAACUAGACUCAUUCCAACGUCAAAACAAUUCUAAUAAUUUAAUCCCUCAAAAAUCAACCAAUCCUCGAAUUGAAAGACAUCCUCUGUUAGCUGAGGAUGACGAGGAGGAAGAUGAAAAUGAAGAUUUUGACCAUGAAGAUGAGGAGGAAGAUGAAUAUGGUGAUAAAAAGAAGAAAAAGGAAGAAGGUGAAAAUAAUUUGAUUAAAUUAGAUGAAGUAGGAGAGAAAAAUGAAGAGGUGAUACAAGUCAAAGAGAAGGAAACGUUUGAGAAUAUUAAAGAGAAAACAAUUCCGAUAAUUCCGGAAAAAGAAAGCAGCAAUCAGGAAGAAAGGGAUAUAAUUAAUAUUAAUAAUAAUGUUGAUUGGAAACCUGCUUGGCCUUUAUUAAAUGAUAGACGUCAUGAAGCUUUAUUAUUUCUUUUGCUCCUAUUGUCUUUCUUUUUGAGCAUUCUUAUUUUACUUUGUGCUUGUCUUAUGUGGCAAUGCCGAGCACGUGCUAAAGAACGCCGUGAUCGAAGACGGGCAGAAGAGCGUGAAGCGGCCGCUAACUUAAGGCUUUGUCAUGGAUUUGGGUGUGGUAGUGGAGGUGUUGUCUAUCCCGAUUCAUCCGAAGGGGGCAGCAGUCACCGCCUCAUUUCUUCAUUUCAGCCACCACCCCCUCCCCCAAUAUCAUUGCCAUCAGCAGCAACCCAUUCAUUUGGUGGUGGGCAUUAUUCAACAGAUAUUUACCAUGGAUGUUAUGGACCAACAACGGCGAGUUCAGGGCCUGGAAGUAUUUAUGGGGGUGGUGGGGGAGGGAUGAUAAAUUGUCAACAACAUUGGAAUGGAUUUAUUGGUGGAAAUAAUUUAUUAGAUAAUGAAGGAGAAGAAAGUACUGAAUUAUUAAGAAAAUUUAAUAAUCAACAAUCUAUACAACACCAACAACAACCCUCUUCUUUGCAUAGAUAUAGCUAA